AUGGCGACACACAGUCCCAGAAGCAGUUCCCCACGGGCCAGUGAGACGACGCCGCUCCUGGCUGUUGGAGAGAUCUCAACGGCUGCCGAUCCAGCCUCGGCAUGUGCGAUCGCCAGGAUCGCCGAAGAAACUGGACAGGCCCCCGCGUCAGACCCAAAUCAUGACCCAAUCAACUCGGCGCGCAAUGAUCCGGAAGGAGACACGCAAGGAGAUCAGGACGAGACCAUCCCCAAGGCCCAGGUCUUUUGGCUUUGUGUUGCCCGGACACUCGAACCGAUUGCUUUCUUCUCCAUCUUCCCCUACAUCAACGAGUUCGUGCGCCGCAGCGGUGACGUUCCCGUCGCUCAGGUCGGCUUCUACAGCGGCCUGAUCGAGUCUAACUUCUCGCUGGUCCAGGCUAUCGUUAUGGUCUUCUGGGCGCGCUUGUCAGACCGAAUCGGCCGAAAGCCAGUCCUUUUAGCUUCCAUGGUCGGCGUCACCGUGUCGACUUCCAUGUUUGGUUUUGCUCAAACCAUCACACAAAUGAUCUUGCUUCGAAUGCUUGCUGGUGUAUUCUCGGGUACACUAGUCACCAUCAGGACUUGUCUGGCCGAGUUGAGCACGCCAGGGACGCAAGCUAGAAUCUUCAGCUGGUUUGCCUUCUCCGGUAACUUGGGCAUCUUUCUGGGACCUCUUAUCGGUGGCAUAUUGGCAGACCCUGUCGGCCAGUAUGGGGGCUUAUUUGAAAGGGUCCCCUUCUUCUCCCAGUACCCAUAUGCGCUAUCCAGUCUUGCUAUUGGUGCCACCAGCGCCGUUUCUACAAUUGUGUGCAUGUUCAAGGUUAAGGAGACCAAAGGAGCAAGCAAGGUGACAUCCUCCGGUACGCAGUCUGCAACCCAGCAUUCCAUGUCGAUUCGGGAGCUUCUGCGCCAGCCUGGGGUCCUCAUCGUGCAGUAUGUCGGGGCUCAUCUCUCACUGCUGGCAUUUGCAUACACAGCCAUCUGCCCACUAUGGUGGUGGACUCCCGUCAAGCUUGGUGGCUUUGGCUUCACCUCCUUUCAGAUAUCAUGCAUGAUGGCGCUCAACGGGAUCACGCAGGCUAUAUGGCUUAUCUUUGCCUUCCCUCCCCUACACCGCCGUCUGGGGACCAACGGCGUCAUGAGAAUGUGCGGCGCCGUCUACCCUCUGUUCUUUGCCAUCUCCCCUGUAGCCAACUAUUUGCUACGGGCCGGAUACACGAGCCUUUUUUGGUCUUUUUACCCGCCGGCACUGAUGAUUGGGUGCGGCGUUGCCUUGUCCUUUACUGCCAGCCAGCUUGCCGUCAACGAAGUCAACCCCGGCCCCACGGCGCUGGCGACUAUCAACGCCAUGCAAUUGAUGACCUCUAGCAUAGUUCGUGCCUUCACGCCUGCAGCGGCCAAUAGCCUGUUUGCCAUUGGGGCCGAGACGCAAUUCCUGAACGGCUACGCGAUCUGGCUGCUUAUGGCCUUGCUAGCAGCAGGAUUUGGUAUUGCUACGAGGUUUUUGCCGGACUACGAGGCCUUGCGUCUGCAGAGGCUCAAGCGUGAAGCCGAAGCGGGAGGCGCUGCUGUACCUUCUUGA